AUGGAAUCUGCACCGAGUGACUUUAAGCCGCACAUCAUUGAAUGGGUCCGGGAAGAUGCCAUUCAAGCGACGAGAAACGGAUCAAAGAUGGCUGUGUUGUACAACAGGAUCUUGGGCCAAGUGAAACGCUUUCGCGAGCCAAUCUCUGAUAUGAAAACGUUGAAGCUGAUCCGCUAUAUCGGGGCGAAAACAGCGGUUGCUUUGAGCAACAGGGUGGUACAGUUGUGUAAGGAUAAAGGGUGGGAUCCGCCGCAGGGUUUUCUAGAUGAGGCAGAGGCCCAUCGAGUAGCGUUGCGAAGAGCAGAUCAGCUAGAGGAAUCGGCAGAGGAGCAGCAGCGGCCAGCGAAGCGGCCGAGAAGUGCGGCCAACAAGUACGUGCCCAAGCACAGGUCCGGUGCAUUUGCCAUCUUGAUCACGCUAUAUUUGAGAGAUCGCGAAGGGAAUGGAAUGACACGAGAUCAAAUCACGGCUGUAGCUGCUCGAUAUUGCGAUAAAUCGUUUGCCGCUUCCAGCUCCGCUUUCCAUUCUGCUUGGGAUUCGAUCAAGACCCUCGCAAAGAGGGACUUGGUCUACCUGACUGGAAGAUCCCCCAAGUACUAUUUCCUAACGGAUGCAGGCACAGAACUAGCGAAACAGUUGAAGGACGCUGUCGAGCUCGACUCCUCGCCGGCGCAGCUGCACGCUGCAGCAAACACCUCCUACGAUAACGGCGUCAGAUUCAACUCUUCGUUUGAAAAAUCGUCACCUUUACAGCUCAAAAGCGGUGAUUUGCUAAGUGACAACAACCAGCGACUACCACCAACGCAAGUGUUUAAUCCAGCCCACGUAACUCAUCCGUUGAUCACCGAGACAUUGAAGCGCCGGAAAUUGACGCAUGACGCUUCCAAUAGAAGCUUUGACGGCACCUCCUAUGAAAUCUGGACAAAGGAGGAAUACGAAAUAGUCAUGGUCAUUGACAACAGAGAGGUUCGCUCGAGACAGGAGCGCGACUUUUUCCAGCGGAAGCUUGAAGCUGCCGGCGUCAAGUGCGACGUGAUGGCACUCGCUUGCGGCGAUUGCAUUUGGGCGGCGAGAAACAUCAAGACGGGCAAACAGGCCAUCCUCAAUUACUUGUGCGAGAGAAAGCGGACAGAUGACUUGUGCGACUCCAUCAAAGAUGGCAGGUUUCAAGAGCAAAAGAAUAGAAUGAAGAAAUCGGGAAUGAGCCAUUGCUUUUACCUCGUGGAAGAAGUAUCGGCCCUAAGGGAAAGGGCCUUCUCGAGUCUCGACUCCAUGCAGACGGGGAUGGCACAAACAAUGACCAACGCCAACAUCUUUUUGCGGCGAUUCAAGGAUAUCGACGAGACGACGAAUUUUCUUGCAUCUCUCACCGAAGUCAUCAAGGACCGAAUGGCGGAAACAAACUUGGUGGUGUUGAAACCGCGCGAUAUCCAAAAUCAAGAACACUACCACCAGUUGUUGACGUCGUUUAGGGGAAAAUUCGAAACCAGAUCCAACUACGAGUGCAGCCAUCUUUUGUCCAGCUUCCAAGAUAUGAUGGGAAAAACGACCCAGAUGACUGCUAAAGAGUUAUUUGUGUUGAUGUUGAUGACCAUCAAAGGAUGUUCGCUAGAAAAAGCUAUUGUUAUUCAGAACCGGUUUCCUACACCAAAAAAAUUGAUUGACUACUUCCAAGUCCAGCAUGGCCAUGCAUCGGUUGAGUUGAAGAAAAACUUACUAGCUGAUGAGUUCAAGACCCAAGUUGGUAAUAAAAAGAUUGGUAAAGUGUUGCUGGAAAAAGUCUAUGAUGUCUGGGGAUCCACAAGUUAG